AUGACUGCAGUUUCAGAGGGAAUGAACUACCAAGGGACUGGCAGGCGCUCGCAAGCCCUAGGAACAAGCUGGUUUCCGAGGAGCAGGCACCGGCAGCUGGAGAUGGGGCACCUACGCAACGCUGGGCGCACCACCAGCCACAGAAACCUGCAGCAUUUGUUCCUUUUCCUGCUCUUCAUCGGCCCUUUCAACUGCUUUGCCAGUUACAGCCGCGCCACCGAGCUCUUCUACAGUCUCAACGAGGGACUGCCGGCCGGGGUGCUCAUCGGGAGCCUGGCACAGGACCUGCGGCUACAUGGGGUGGCUGCGGAGGGUCUGCCGACCCGUCGCGGGGAGCCUGUGCUCUCCUUCAGCCUGGCCUCCCAGGGGCUGGGCGGCCAGUACGUGAGCCUGGACAACCGCUCGGGGGAGCUGCACACCUCAGCCCUGCAGAUCGACCGCGAGGCGCUGUGCCUGGAGACCGGCGCCGGCUUAUCUGCCUCUCUGCCAGCGCCAUCCUCGGAGCCCUGCCUGCUGCUGCUGGAUGUGCUGGUGCUGCCCCAGGAGCACUUCCGCCUGGUGAAGGUGAAGAUCUCCAUCCGCGAUGUCAAUGACAAUGCGCCACGAUUCCCCGUGCCCAACAUGCGCCUCUGGGUACCCGAGAACUCCCCCGUCGACACCCGCCUGGCCAUAGAGCACCCUGCCCUCGACCCUGACCUGGGCACCAAUGCGGUCCAGACCUACCGCCUUAAGGACGACUAUGGGGUCUUCACCCUAGAUGUGGAGGAGAAUGAGAGUGGGGAGAGGACCCCCUACCUGAUUGUUAUGGGAGCUCUGGACAGGGAGGACAGGGAGGAGUAUGUCACCCUCAUCAUCGCGGAGGAUGGGGGGACCCCGCCGUUACUGGGCAGUGCCACCCUCACCAUUGGCAUCAGUGACAUCAACGACAACUGCCCCCAGUUCAGCGAUUCCCAACUCAACGUCACCGUCUAUGGGAAUUCCAGUGCAGGGACACACGUGGCCACCAUCCACGCAGUUGACAUGGACCUGGGAUCCAAUGCCCAGAUCUCUUACUCUUACAGUCAAAAGGUCCCCCAGCCAUCAAGAGACUUGUUCCAUCUGGAUGAAAGUACAGGAGCCAUCAAGCUCUCUAGUAAGAUCGAUGGUGAUGCUCCCCGGCUCCAUAGGUUGACUAUAUUGGCCAACGGUCCUGGUUGUAUCCCUGCUGUGACCACUGUGCUUGUGUCCAUCAUCAAAGUCAUGUUGAGACCCCCUGAAGUGGUCCCUCGUUUUAUAGCUAAUGAAGUAGAAGGUGUGGUUUACUUGAAAGAAUUGGAGCCUGUUAACACACCAAUAGCAUUUUUUACUAUAAAAGACCCAGAUGAAAAAUAUAAAGUGGAUUGCUUUUUGGAUGGCAAUGGGCCAUUCAAACUGUCACCAUACAAACCAUACAAUAAUGAAUAUUUAUUAGAGACUACAAGGCCUUUAGACUAUGAGGUACAGCAGCUCUAUGAAAUAUCAGUGGUUGCAUGGAACUCAGAGGGAUUUCAUGUAAACAAGAUAAUUAAAGUACAGGUUCUGGACGAUAACGACAACUCACCAGUUUUCCCUCAACAAUUAAUAGAAUUAUCUAUUGAAGAAAAUAAUGCUCCCAAUGCUUUUUUGACCAAAUUGCAUGCAACGGAUGCUGACAGUGGAGAGAGAGGGAAAGUGUCCUAUUUUCUAGGGCCUGAUGCCCCUUCAUAUUUUUCUUUAGAUAAAACUACAGGUGUUCUUACAGUUUCCACUCAGCUGGACAGAGAAGAAAAAGAGAAAUACAGAUACACUGUUAAAGCAAUAGAUUCUGGAUUGCCUCCCAGAGAAUCGCUAGCAACUGUCACCAUCACAGUUUUGGAUAAAAAUGACAAUAGUCCUAGAUUUAUCAAUAAGGAUUUCAGUUUUUUUGUACCAGAAAACUUUCCAGGUUUUGGGGAAAUUGGAGUUAUCAGUGUUACAGAUGCUGAUUCAGGGCAAAAUGGAUGGGUAGCCCUUUCAGUUGUAAAUGGAAGUGAUAUUUUUGUGAUAGAUACUGGCAAAGGAGUUUUGAGAGCUAAGGUCUCCCUCGACAGGGAGCAGCAAAGUUCCUAUGUCUUGUGGGUUGAAGCUGUUGAUGGAGGUGAUCCUGCCCUUUCUUCUACUGCCAAAAUAACUAUCCUUCUUCUGGACAUUAAUGACAACCCCCCACUGGUCUUGUUUCCUCAGUCUAAUACAUCUUAUUUGUUGGUACUUCCUUCUACUCUUCCUGGCUCUCCCAUCACAGAAGUCUAUGCUGUAGAUAAAGACACUGGCAUGAAUGCUGUCAUAGCUUACAGCAUCAUAGGUAGAAGAGGUCCACGACCUGAAUCAUUUAGGAUUGACCCUAAAACUGGUAAUAUCACCUUGGAAGAGUCACUGAUGCAGAAUGACUAUGGUCUCUACCGGCUACUCGUAAAAGUUAGUGAUCAUGGCUAUCCAGAGCCCCUCCAUUCCACAAUCAUGGUGAACCUUUUUGUCAACGACACAGUGAGCAAUGAAAGCUAUAUUGAAAGUUUGUUAAGAAAGGAACCUGACAUUAAUAUAGAGGAAAAAGAGCCACAAAUAUCUAUAGAGCCUACUCAUAAAAAAAUGGAGUCACCAUCUUGCAUGCCUACCUUAGUAGCCCUGUCAAUAAUAAGCUUGGGCUCAAUCACUUUAGUAACUGGGAUGGGCAUUUACAUCUGUUUACGGAAAGGGAAAAGGCAUCACAGAGCAGAUGAAAAUUUGGAAGUACAAAUCCCACUAAAUGGAAGAAUUGACCUUCAUAUGUUGGAGAAGAAACCAAUGGAGAUUUCUAAUAUUUGA